CACAGCAUGAAAGAGAAGUGAAAUACAAACCUGAAUGCAACCUGAAAGGUCUAAAUAGAUGAGCUUGUGACAUCCUUUCCCAGAUCCCAGGGAUUCCACAUACACCAGCUGUACCUCCUCGAUUCGGAACAGUAUUAGCUCCAAACUCAGAUUUCAAAGGAAUACUGUGACUGUUCCAGCUGUCACAGAAAGUAAUUAGGGCCAGCUGGAUGUCAGAAUGAAAGUGGCUACGAUUAUACUACUCCUUUUAUUUUGUAAAGCAGCCUACUUUAGGAAGACAAGGAACGGGAGUUUGAGAAACAAAGCAAAUAAUGGAAGGACAAACAGCUUAAGAAAAGCAUCGAGUACUGUUAAGCGUUAUGCCCCAGGCCUCCCCUGUGAUGUGUAUACUUAUCUUCAUGAGAAAUACUUAGAUUGCCAAGAAAGAAAACUGACUUUUGCGUCUCCUGAUUGGCCUGAGGAUUUAAGACACAUGCUGCUAGCAAGAAACAGGAUUCGCAAACUGAAGAAUAAUAUGUUUUCCAAGUAUAAAACACUAAAAAGUCUGGAUUUACAACAGAAUGAUAUAUCAAAAAUUGAAAGUGAGGCUUUUUUUGGUUUAAACAAACUUACCACACUCUUACUUCAGCAUAACCAGAUUCAGAUUUUAUCAGAGGAAGUUUUUAUUUAUAUGCCCCUUCUAAACUACCUGCGUCUUUACGAUAAUCCUUGGCAUUGCACCUGUGAGAUGGAAACUCUUAUUACAAUGUUGCAGGUUCCAACAAACAGGAAUUUGGGAAAUUAUGCCAAGUGUGUACACCCAAUAGAACUGAAAGAUCAAAAGCUAAAGCAGAUAAAAGCUGAACGUCUAUGUAGUGAAGAGGAAAGACUGGACCCCAAAAAUAUAGCAGCAGCAAAGCCUGAAGUUGUCAAACCAGAAUUUGAUUCCUCUCUCUGUCAUAUUUAUGUAUUUCCCAAACAAACAUUGGAUUGCAAAAGAAAAGAGUUAAAGAAAGUUCCAGGUAACAUACCUCCAGAUAUCGUUAAACUCGAUUUAUCUAACAACAAAAUCAACCAACUACAAGCCAAGGAGUUUGAAGAUGUUAAUGAACUGAAGAUAUUAAACCUUAGCAGUAAUGGAAUAGUUUACAUAGAUCCUGCUGCUUUUUCAGGACUCUUUAACUUAGAGGAGCUUGAUUUAUCAAACAACACACUGCAAAAUUUUGAAUAUGGAGUAUUAGAAGACCUAUACUUUUUGAAAAUAUUAUGGCUGAGAGAGAACCCUUGGAGAUGUGAUUACAACAUUCAUUACCUUUUCUACUGGUUAGAGCAUCACUACAAUGUUCACUACACGGGCCUAGAAUGCAAAAUGCCCGAGGAAUACAAAGGGUGGUAUGUUGGAAAAUAUGUCCGAAGUUAUUAUGAGGAGUGCCCAAAAGACAAGCUGCCAAUUUAUCCAGAAACAUUUGAGCAGGACAAAGAUGAUGAGGAAUGGGAACGACACAAAGAACAAUCAGUUCAAACAGUAAAGAAGCACGGUGUAAUUGUCACUGUAAUAGGUUAAUUUGGAAAAUUUUUUUAUUACUAGAUUCAAAUUUUUCAUAUUUUUAUGUCAGAAAAAAUCCUGUUUACAUUUUUGUUACUUGUGUUGUUUGUCUAUAAGGAAAUAUCUGCCUACAUAGAUUUUUUUAAUUGAAGUUACUAACUACAUGAUGGUAUCAGUUAUACAUCAUCUUUUAUAAAAAGAAUUUACUGUUUCUUA